CACAAUGGACAAAUUAAAGGAGAAAUUGAACAAGCUCAAGCUGGACGCCGAGACCUGGCAGGAAAAGGCUGAUGAGUACGCGGCCAAGGUGAAAGAGAUGGAGCAACAAGCCCUAGAGAAAGACAACCAGAUCCAAGCCUUGACUAGAAAAAACCAAGUUCUGGAAGAGGAGUUGGAGAAGGCCGAACAGGAGCUUAGCGAGCUCAAGAAGGUUGCAGGAGAUGCUCACCAAUUGAAGGCCGCCAACGACAACUACACAAAGAAACACUCGAUGCUGGAGGAAGAGCUUGAAGCUGCCGACGCGAACCUGAAGGAGACCACCGCCAAGCUGAGAGAAACCGAUAUUCGUGCAGAGACCUUGGAGAAGAAGGUCACCUCCCUUGAAAGCGAGAAGGCCGACCUCGAGAACAAGUUUGAGGAGCUGGAGGCCAAAUACAAGGCUGCGCAGGAGGAGCUGGAGUCGAUUAGCGCGCAAUUGGAGGCCAUCUAACUCGAACUGGACCCUCCCUCUAGUGGGGAGGCGCCGAGCAUGCCGUCCAGACUCAUUUGGCUAUCUUUGCCAUUGCAGGUGUUAUAUAUCAUUUACCAGAUGAUCAGAAGGCAUAGUUGAAAAUUAAUUAAUUUUUCU